GCUAAAUUAAAUCAGCAAACUCGUGUAAGAAAAUCUCACACUGCUAACAAAUGGGUCUCAAAGGCAAGUUGAUCUCUCAAAUAGAGAUGAAGUGUGCUGGAAAUUUGCUUCAUGAACACUUCAAAUCAAAUCCACACCAAACCUCCGCCAUGUCUCCUGAUAAGAUAACAAAUUUCACGUUACAUGAGGGUCAAUUGGGUAAUACUGGUUCUGUUGUCGGCUGGAAGUACGUUCUCGGAGGAAAAGAGAGGCAUGCGAAGCAGGUCCUACACAUAGAUGAUGCAUAAAAAUCAAUCACCUUCAAUUUUGUUGAAGGUUAUAUGAAUGAAUUAUACAAGUCCAUAACAGCUACUUUGACUGCAGAAGGAAACUGGAUGACUUGGACCCUUGUGUAUGAGAAGUUGAAUGAAAACACACCAGAGCCCCUUGAUCUUUUGGAACUUGCUAUUUGCCUCCUCAAAGAUCUUGAGCCUCACCAUGUCGGAAAAUAGAUAUUUGUUCCCGUUCCCAUCAGUAUGAUGAAGUAUUAUGGCCAUCCCAAAUCCUUAUGAAUAAAUAAAACUAUUUGGUGUGAUAUGUAUUCCAUAUGAGUUCUAUGUUAGCGUUUCCAAUGGUAAUAAUAUUAUACUCC